GCGAGCUGCCCGUGCUGCAGCAGCCCCAGGGCUGAGGGAUGUCAGACUCAGGUGCUCUGGCUCUGCUGGGGACCUGGGACACCUCAGCAUGGCAUAGGGACCUUGCCAUGCUGCAGCUCACCCUGGAGUAGUUUCGACUUCUCUUUUUUGGCUGAUUGCUAAGCACGGCGGGGCUGCCCAAUUUUGCAUUAUUAUUCUGCAAGAGGAAAAUUGUGCUCGAGGGUGUCAGGGAAAAGUGCUCAGAUUCAGGAGAUGAAUUAAAAUGCAGCACACCACGUGCACAGAGGACAGGAUCUACCAUGCGUUGGAAAGGUGUCUCCACGGGCUCAGCAGGGACGCUGUGUCCAGCAGAUGGGCUGCUGGGCUGUGCCUGAACUGCUGGAGCCUGCAGGAGCUGGUGAGCCGGGAUGCCAGUAACUAUCUCAUCCUGGUGGAGAAGAUCCUGGGCAAGACCAAAGAGGUGCAGGACAGGUGUGACUACGACCUGGUGACACCCCUAGCCCUGCUCUUCUACUCGGCCGUGCUCUAUGCUCCGCACUUCCCACCCGGCUCGGACCUGCUCCUGAAAGCUGCCAGCAUCUACCACAGCUUCCUGACAUGGCCCGUGCCCUACUGUGACACCUUCCGGGAGCUGCUCACCUUCAUCAGCAACGAACUCAAGGCGCCAGGAAUCACUUUCCAGAGGCUGGUGAGGACAGAACAGGGGUUGCCUGUGAAGAACUACCAGAGCUCCACGGUGACGGUGCUGCUGCUGAACCGCUCGGAGGUGCAGAGUGAGUUCCUGUCCAUCGCCGAGAAGCUGAGCUCCAGUGAACCCCCUCAGCACUCCACACUGGUGCUGCUCCUCCAGCACCUCUACCAGGCCAACUUCGGCACCCGCUGCGACCUGCACAGGCUGCACCACCUGCUGAAGUCCAAGCCCCUGGAGGAGCUCUCGGAGCUCUACACCAGCGCUGCUGACGCGCAGGAGGCGGCAGCUGCCAGCAGUGACCCCGCGCUGGCCCGGGAGCGGCUCCAGGCCGUGCUGCGCGACAUCGCCGGGGCUGCCUCCUUCCCCACCGUCACAGGCGAGGCCCAGCCCUGCAAGCUGCAGCCCAUCGCCAUCCCCCCCGCUCGCUGCUACACCUACAGCUGGGACCAGGACAACUUCGACAUCCUCAACGAUGUCCUCAGCAAGGAGUGCAGCGUUGUUGAGCCCCUGGCCUCGGAGAACGAGGAGGAGGAUGAGGAAGAAGAGGAGGAGGAUGUGGAGACCGACGGUGGCUCCCCUGAGCAGGACUCGCUGCUGUCCCCGCUCUGUGCCAUCUCCAGUGACUCUGUGUACUCCGUGCUGUCCGAGGAGAGCUCCAAGUCCUCGCGAGUGUCCCUCUUCACCUCCUCGAAGGAGUCCAUCUCGGAGCUGACAGUGGUCUCCAGGAAGUCCCUGAAGUCGUUCGUGUCCAGCCUGAAGGACUGCAUGGACAGCGGUUACGCCGAGGACAGCGACGAGAGCUCUCUGGACACGGCGGGCAGGACGGAGCCGAGGGCGGCCAGGCCGUCCCUCAGGCACCGGCAGUCGCUGACCAACAGGCUCUACAAACUGUUCAAGAGCAAGAGCCAGCAGCUGGUGCAGCGCCGGGAGCAGCGGGACUGCCCGGGGCCGUGCUCGCUGCCGCUGCGGCGCGCCGAGAGCCUGUGCGCGUCCCCGGCGCAGCCGCGCGUCCCCGCGCGCUCCCGCCGGGCGCUCUCGCUGCCGCAGCACGGCCCGGGCCAGCGCGGGCCCGCCCCGCUCGCCCCCCGGCCCCUCGGGCUGCCCCGCCGCCCCUUCCUCAGCUACGACGAGGACGCCAAGGUGGGCACAAUGCGCGUGGUGGUGUUCGGCUCGGACCGCAUCUCGGGCAAGGUGGCUCGCGCCUACAGCGACCUUAGGCUCAAGGAGAGCUCCUGCCCCUCACUGACACGGUACUUCAGGCUGCAGUUUUUCUACGUCCCCGUGAAGAGGAGCUGCGUGGCUCCAUCGACCCCGCAGAUGCAUCAUCACCCCUCACCAUCCCUGGGGGAACCUCCACCCCGGGCACAGGACCCCUCCGUGGCUGGGAUGGAGAGCAGCACCAACGACAUCUCGCACUACAUCGGCCUGCUGGACCCCUGGUACGAGCGCAACGUCCUGGGGCUGAUGAACCUGCCCAUGGAUGUCCUGUGCCAGUGUGCCAAGCCCGAGGCUGAGCCCCAGGAGGACUCGCAGGAGCAGCUGCCCAUCCUGGCAGACAUGAUCCUCUACUACUGCCGCUUCGCCACGCGCCCCGUGCUGCUGCAGCUCUACCAGACCGAGCUCACCUUCAUCGGAGGGGAGAAGAGGACCGAGGUCUUCAUCCACUCUCUGGAGCUGGGGCACUCAGCAGCCACAAGGGCCAUCAAGGCCUCAGGUCCAGGCAGCAAAAGGCUGGGAAUAGAUGGAGACAGGGAAGCAAUCCCACUGACACUACAGAUUGCAUACAGCAAGACAGCUGCCAGUGGCAGGAGUCACUGGAAUGACGUGGAGAAGGUCUGCACGUCUGUCAACCUCAGCAAGGCCUGCAGGAGGCACGAGGAGCUCGCCUCGAAGACAGAAUGUCUCAACUUAACCAUGACCGAGGUGGUCAAGAGGCAGAACUCCAAAUCCAAGAAAAGUUUCAAUCAGCAGAUCAGCGUGUCCCAGAUCAAAGUGGACAAGGUGCAGAUCAUCGGGGUCCAGUCCUCCUUCGCUGUGUGCCUGGACCAGGACGAGCAGAAGAUCCUGCAGAGCGUGACCAGGUGUGAGAUCUCCGUGUGCUACAAGCCCAGGGACAGUGACCCCCUGGCAUCGAGGGGAUCCCCUGUGUCUCCCCAGGACCCCUCUGAGUUCCAGUCCCUGCUGUGUUUGCCCAUUGCCACCUUCAGCGGGGCGCUGCCCUAGAGGAGCCGUGUCCCUCCAGACCACGUGUCCCAUGCCAUCCAGGCUCAGGAGAAGGAAGAGGACACCAAGCCCUGCUUAUCCAAGAGCUGCUGCAGCCAAAGAGUGGCACUGGUAGCAGUGUGCUGGCUGAGUUGCUCCUGCUCCAGGCUUUCCCCUCUUUGGGAAGCAGGAUCCUUGUGCUCUGCUGUCUCAGGGGGGUUCUUCAGCAAGGGAUGGAAGGUGGUUCCUGGAUAUCUCCCUGUGGAUCAGCAGAUGCCAACACCUGGGUGGGAGGGCAGGAUGAAGACAGGGAUAUUCCCUGCCACAAAAUGGUGCAAGUGGGAUGUGGGGGAAGGAUGAGCUGCUGGGGGGAUAUUUGGGAAGAGGAACGUCCUUGGUUCAGUGGUGUCAGGCGGCCGUCAGUGCAUGGGAAUUACGGAUCCCAUUGGAUUGGUGAAAUGCCAACCCAUGUCCUGGUGCUGUUUCACCUGUGACACAUCGAGGAUGCUCAGGACAGUUUUUUGGGAUGGGGAUAGGUUUCCCUAGGUCGGGUGUGUUUCAGGGAAGCAGAGCAGGGAUCCUACAGCAUAGACUGGGUGUGUCCCAGGGAACUGAGUGCAAUAGGCCAUCCCAGGGUGAGCACAGCUGGUGGUGGAUCCAUGUAUUUCCUGUACAUCCAGGAGAGGAAUUGUCAAUUCCUGCAACAUUCCAGCACUGUGCUGUACUCCCUGUCCAGCCCCUGGUCUUGUAUCCUGCAGUAGUGUGUGCCAGAGCCAGCCCAGGGCUGAACACUCAGUAGUUGCUGGAAAUCCAUCAGGAGCUGUGCUGGACUCCCAGCAGAGAGGGAAGUACUGGGGAAAGCACCAGGAUUUCCUUAGGCCCAGCUGCAGAGUCACGUUGGCUGGAGAAGGACUCAGCACCAAGCCCACCGAGUGACACCUUCAAGUCACAGCAGCAUUUGAGAUCCUCCCCCUGCCACAAACAUUCCAACCUCUUCCUCCCCUCUGCAAGGCUGUAGGUACAGAAAGGUGCAAUAUUUGAGGAUAUUUAAGGGUUAUCUGACCAUAUGAGCAAAGAAAUAUGACUGGAAAAGCCUCAGACCAUUUCUGGGUGGGUUUUGGGGAUUGUACUGGUGCUAGCAGUACAACAGCUCACUGCCUGCUGCAGGCUCAGAGGAGCUUGAUCCCAAGGUUCUGUCUUCCCUGGAUGUGUCUGGAAGGGACCCUGGCACUGCUGGGGGCUGCAGGGCUCAGCCACAGUGGGGUCAGUCCAGGUGGUCCUUGAUCUCCCAGGGAACAGGACCUGGUGAGCACAGCACUGUCCCCAAGCCCAGUGGCACAGCAGCAGUGUCACUUGAGGUUCAAUCUGCCAGGGAAAGGACCAUGGCUCCUGGAGGCUUCAGGUAUCUCAGAGGAGUUGGGGUCAGGUUUGUCUGCUGGAUUUCCUCCAUCCCUGCUGGAGGUGUAGAGGGGUCCCUCCUGUGCCCCUGACUCUCCCAGCUUGACUGGCUGCUGGCCAUGUUCUGGUCCCACUGUCCCAGUGCUAGGGCCAGCUUGGCCUGGGCCCAGGGCUGAACACUGUAGUCCCCAAUGUGCUCUCUGGUGUCCUCACCAGCUCUGGGUGCAGCUCCUGCCAGGACCAGGGAUAAGGAAACCCAAGAUGUGCCCAUGCUCCUGAGGCCUCUGUGGUUCCCCCUCCUGCUUGAAUCCACCAUCCCAGGCUGGUAGAGUUGUGGGGAUCCAAGGGAAGCCCCUUGGGGGUGAAACCUCCCUUGGGCAUGAGCCAGGCUGCUCUCCCAGCAAGGAUCCAGUUCCCUGGCUUCAGUGGCUCCAGGAGCACGCAGCUCAUCCAGGUGCCUGGAGCAGUGUCCAUCCUUGACAGGGACCCCCUGGCAGUGCUGGGCCCUGCUGGGCUGUCCCCUCCUCCCAGGAUGCCUGGGCACUCCUCUCCAUCAGCAUUUAAAGCCCAAUAGGCUCAAGAGAUCAGAAUCAGAUUUUUAGUAGCUCUUCCCAUGCAUUCGGGAAGGGUUUUCUCACUGACUUUUCCUUCCCCAAACAGGUUUGGGGUGUGUUCUCUCCAGUGGGGCUGGGAUUUGGCAGGUGGUUGUUUUUGUUCAGGGCUUUAAAUCAGCACCUUACCCUGUCAAACGCUGCUCUUUGGGAUCUUGGUAUCUGUGCCUAAAUCCAUGCCAGGACAAAAAUCUCUCUGGGUUCACUUGGCCCUACAGCAAUCCUGGAGAAGAGAAUUUCCAUCCCAUAGAGAAAAUCAAGCACAAACUCCAGGGAAUCAUAAUCCUGGUGAAGGUUUUGACCUCUGAUGCUUUCUGGAAAUAAAAGAAUCCAGGGUUCUUUGGGAUCAUCCUUGUACAUUUGUGUAACCUCAGCAAAUCUGUGUAAAGUCUGUCAUGAUCUGUAAAAUACUGUGCAGAGAACUUUUAAAGUAAUUGUAAAUAUUAAAAGUUGAUUUAUUUCCA